AUGGCAGUAGCAGUUAGCAGCUGGUUCACAAUGGUGGCUGCCAUUUACUUCCAGAUGACAGCAGACUCUAAGGAUACCUUUUCUAUAUACAAAGCAGAAUUCGGGUUCGGUUGGUUUGAAAUUCAACUACUUUGGGCUGCCAGAAAUCUUGGAGCGAGUCUCGGCUUUCUCACAGACUUAUUGUAUUCAAAACUGACGAAUGUCGAAGGAAACGCGAGAAAGAAUCUAAGGGUGUGCAUCGUGUAUUUAAUUGGUGCGGCGUUUCUGGCUGUUGGGUAUCUUCUUGUGCGUUGGUUCAUCGGAGAUAAAGAACCAGGAUUCCAUGUCAUACUAUUUUUUGCAAUGGUCAUUGCCGGGCAAGGUCAGAAUGUAGUGACCACGGCCAAUCUAAUGGUUUUCGCCGUCCAUUUUCCAAACAAUGGGGCAGCAGUGGGGAUCAUUCAAGCCUACUCGUCGUUUGGUAGUUAUGUAUUCAUACUAUUGAAUGAUGUGUUUUUCAAAGGAAGCCCCAGAAUGUUGUUGGUGUCCAUGGCAGUUCUGCCGGCAAUUAUUUCAAUUUUCUUCGCAGCCGGAUUGGCCUUCUCGAAUUGGCGAAACAACCAAGAAUUAAACUCGGAUGGAUACCUACUGAAAAGUUUCGGUUGGUGUGGUGUAUUCGCGGCAUUUUGGAUAACAGUUAUGAAAGGAGUCAACUUCCCAAAUCAGAACGUUGCUGCAGCUGGUGGGACGCAGCUGGACACAAUUGCGACUGUUGCAGCUGGUCCAAACCCAACUUCUGGUGAUCCUGUAGCAUCCACCCAAAAUACUGCUACUGGUGAUGAUGCUCCGAUUCGUUAUCCAAUCCGAGAGAGGAUUUUAAUCUUAGUUCCUGAAGCGAUGAAUAUCUGUUAUUUGUUAUUGCUUUUUGCUGCCGGUAGUAGUCUAGGGACCUAUAUGGUCGUAAGUCAACAUAUAGAUAUCUUCAGCAAGCCGUACGGUUACUCCAAGACAAGCAACAAGAAUCUUGUAUCGAUAUGGAGCGGGUUAAAUUUUAUUGGUAACAUAUGCGGCGGAUUAUUAUCGGACCGGAUUUGCAAACGAUUUGGUUACAGCCGCGUAUGGGUGAUUGCGUGUUCUCAGAUCCUGAUGAUUAUCGGAAACUUUGUUUGUGCAUUUGCGCCGACCUUGCUCUAUGGAAUGGUUUUAUUAGCAUUUGCUUCGGGGGUCGUAGGAGGUGUGGUUCCAAACAUAGUUUGCGAACUAUUUGGAAUCGAAAACUUCCGAACUAAUUAUAACAACAUCCGAGUUGUUGCCGCCAUAGUUGCUUUUGGGUUGAAAUUUAUUGCGAAAAGCGAGAAAGCGUCCGUGCAGAAUUGUCACGGGAACAAGUGUUUCCAGGCUUUAUUUAUCAUAUCUGCGGUCGUUUGUUUGGGUAGCAUGAUAGUUGCGGUUGUUAUGAUAUACAUCAACAACGAAAAUCAACAAGGUGAAGAAGGCACAGGGGAGACGGGGGGAACGACAGAUGCCAGCUGA